AUGUUCGUUACAGUGAGAUAUGGAGCUGACUGCCAAGAGAUUGUGAACGUGCACUGCCGGGUCCUGAGCCUCACCGCGCAUCUGAAGAAGAAAUGCCAGUGCAGGCCAGAAGAUUGCAUUGAUCUUCUAGAUGAAUCAGGGACCCUGAUGAACCUGAGCGAAGUGGAAAGUCCUGCAUCUGACCUGGCCAGUAAAUACCUACAGGAGAGACAGUGCUACAUCCUCAUCAGAGUCAUUCGAGGAGAAGGCUCGGAAUCAAUCUACUACGAAUCUCUACUGGAAAACCUGGGAAAACACCACCCUGAGCUGGCAGAGCGGCUGCAGAAGUUAUCAGCACACCCUCAGCUGAAGGACAACACAAGGAGGAGUUCCAUGCAGAGAAAGUUUCGCCCACUUAAGGAACCACUCCUGGGCUCCCCAGCCAAAGUCAGAAGCACACAGCAGAGUAAGAAGGCUCUGCUCUCUCCAGCAGGCCCACCUAGGUAG